UUGUUUAAUAUAUAUUUUUAUACAGUGCAAUGUUUAAGUACUUCCUACACUUGUUUAAUAAAAAAAACAUGGCAGAGUUUUAGUCGUACAGAUUAUGAGCCGUGGUGGUGGUGGAUCUUGUUGUUGUUGUUGCUUGACUAGUGUAAUUGUGGCGUCAAUCCUUCUGUGUUUAUCAUUUGUAUUUUAUUUUGUUGGUUACCUUCUCAGGGAUCCAAAUCUUGCUGGAAGUCAGAUCAACAAUUCCUGAUUUGCAAUUAAUAACACCAAGCAAGUUUCUAGUAUUUUUUCCUGAUAACACCUUCAAGAUGUUGCAGCAAAUUUUAAAAGACAUGUUCAUUGAUCCAGAGCUGCUGGAGGAACUCUCUGAAGAACAAAAACAAAUACUCUUCUUUAAAAUGAGGGAGGAACAAAUCCGAAGAUGGACAGUAGAAGAAAAAAAACUUACAGAAGAAGAAAAAUUAAAACCUAGACCUAAAAAAAAAAGUGCAAAAAAUGUCCGCUUUUAUUGUGAUGAUGAGGACAAAGUUAUUGUAGAUAUUAUUACAGAUGAAGUGGAUGUUACAGAUUUUAAGAAAAAGCAAGAAGAAGCAGCUUUGAAACGUGCAGAAGAGCAAGCGCGUAAGGAAGCUGAGGAAAAGCGAAAAAAAGAACUCGAAGAAAUUGAAGCAAGGAGAAAAGCCGAAGAAAAGAAACUAAAAGAAGAGGAAGAACGCUUGAAAAAAGAAAGGCAGCAGAAGGAAGCUGAACUGCGGAGACAAGAAGAAGAAGAAGCAGUAAGGUUGAAAUCUAUCAAGGAAGCGCAACUGCAGAAAGAAAAGGCUAAGCAAGAAAAACGCGAAAGAGAGGAAAGAAUUAGAAAAGAAAGGCUAGAAAUGGAACGCAAGCGAUUAGAAGAGGCGGAGCUAAGAAGGAAGAAAAUGGAAGAAAUUCGUCUUCGGGAAGAAGCUGAAAAGAAGAAACAAGAGCAGGCACUGCUCGAACAAGAAGCGAAGAGAAAGAAGGAGUUGUAUGAGAAAAUGAAAAUGGAACAAGAUGAGAAGCGAAAAAAAGAAGAGGAAGAGGCUAAAACGAUGGAAGAAGAGUGGCAAGAGCGCGAAAAGAAAGCCAAAGAAGCUGAAGAGCAGCGAAGAAGCUCGUUCUCUCAAACACGGUCGGAGAUGCAAAGGAUAAGAAAAUUGUCCAUGGAAAGGGCAGCUUUGAAUCAGUUUCGUAUGAGUAAUAAGCCGCUUGAUGAAAAACCCGAAAAAGAGAAAGCUCGCAACGUAGUGUCCGUGGCGUUAAACAAUGCCCCGUCUUCAACUUUUGCUGGAACUUAUUCGAAACGUGGUCACAUGCCACCUAAAAGGCCGCCAUUACCACUUCGCCCAACUAUUUCUGUUCCUGUAAAUGUUAGUACGACUCAAGCACGAACACCUACAAUGCCUGUUAAAAGAGACAUUGUAAAACCAAAUCGACCUCCGCCAAUGCCGAACAGGCCCAGUACACCUCAAUCGGUUGUAGAUGGAAAACCGAAACGUCCUCCUAGACCAAAAAAUCGCUCCGAGGUGGCGACUUGGUGGAAAGAGGUGGAAUAUGAUAAGUGUUCGGGAUUAUUGGAAAAUAAAACACCACAAGAGUGGUUCCACGGGAUUAUAUCUAGAAUACAAGCAGAGAAAUUAUUGGAAAGCGAGAAAAAAGGUACUUUCAUUGUUCGCGUCAGUGAACGUGUCUGGGGUUACACGGUCUCGUUCAAGGACGUGGGUCGCUGUAAGCAUUUUCUAAUCGACACAACAAGCAGUGGCUAUCAGUUUUUCGGUACCGAGCAACGCAUACACGACUCUUUAAAUGAAUUAAUUAUUUACCACCAAUCGAACCCUAUAUCUGUACUAGGACAGGAAAUACUUCGUUUUCCACGUGGGCAAGUAGAAGGACAAAAAGCUGACUAUGCAGAAUUAUUUGAAGAAUGCACAGCUAUAUGAUGUUACAUAGCGGUUGCCUUUAACCUAGGUUUAUAUUUUUUAGUUUAAAUUAAUUUAUUUUUUAAAAAUUAGAAAAAUAUAGUCUUUCUUGGCAAUUAGGUUUGUGUGUUGCUUCACAAAAGAACGCAUGCGCUCUUGCGACUUUUAAAUGAGAAUGCUAGUAGCUAAUACAGAAAUUCUACAUUUUUAUUGUUCAAUUGCUGUCCGUCUGCUUAUUAGACUCGAAAGUUUCAGUUUUUUGACUCGUUUCUUUCAUUACUGAUAGGUGGUAAUAUUUUUGCAAGCGUUGCAUUUUACAGACGGUCUUUGGAGCGACUGAGCGAGAGUUUUUGUUUUUGUUUUUUCUGUGAAAAGAGUUUAAAAAAAUUCCUAUUGUUAAAAACGAAGCCGUUUUGAUUAAAAAUUUAUAAAUAAUUUUAAGCACUUAUUUUUUGUAAGAUUACGUUUUUAAUUUUUAUUUGUUUAUUUACGUUUUUGUUUUGUUUAUCUAAGCAAUAGAAUACGUCAUCAUACGCCAAAUCAACCUAGUUUCUGGGCCUUUUUUUGCGGCAAGGGUCAAUUCACUGUAAAUUACGUUCUCUGUAUAGUAUUUCUUCUAAGCAAAUCUUCUCAUCACAGAAAAUACCUUAAAAUAUCAACAGUGUCUUUUUAUUCGACCAGCGAAAAGUGACGUCAGACGUCAAUUUAUUAUGUUUAUGGACUGAGUUACCUCUCAUUAUUGAUUGACUUAAUUUUAGAAAGUAAAGCUUUAGCAAUGUAUACAGCUCAAUCUCGGGUUGUUAAAAGAACCUUAAGGGGUUGAUUUGCUUUUUACGCUCAUGAUAUCUCAGAGUUAUCAAGAACUUCUCAGUUUACUUUGAGUACUUACUCGGCUAGUAUUUCUGUAAACGAAGGUGGGUCAUAUUUUAAAGUCGAUGUUCUUUUUUUCUGAAUAUAUGACUAAGAAAAGAAUAUUUUUUAAAAUUGUAAAA